ACAUAUCCAUUACAUACGCUGCACACGUAUAGUGACACUCAUAUUAUAUAGCAUCACACACACUACAGUGCAUGCACUCAUACACUACAACUCAUCACAUCCUAACACAGAGGUGACACGCAACUUGUGCUGUAUACUAACACUCAGCCCUAUAUACAGCAUUUUAGAGCCUGCACUGACCCUACUCAUUCUGGAUGUAAGGAGUUACCUCCAAGAAGCAGAGGACGCUCACAAUGUUCGGAUUUAUGGAACCCAUCAAGAUGAAGCAUUGUUUUUAUAAUGAAAGCAUUGUUUUCUUUUACAACAAUAGUGGGAAAGAACUAACCAAAGAAUGGAGGACCAAAGACAGUCUUGUGGUCGGACUUGGACUUACAGUUUGUGUUUUUGUGCUUUUGACGAACCUACUGGUUAUCACAGCCAUUAUAAUCAAUCGACGUUUCCACUAUCCAAUAUACUACCUCUUAGGGAACCUGGCAGCAGCUGAUCUAUUUGCUGGAGUAGCCUACACAUAUCUUAUGUUCCAUACGGGGCCAAGAACAGCCAGCCUCACAGUCAAAACCUGGCUGCUCCGACAGAGUCUCUUGGACACCAGCCUCACAGCGUCAGUGGCCAACCUUUUGGCCAUAGCAGUGGAAAGGCACCAGACUGUCUUCACCAUGCAACUCCACAGCAAGAUGUCCAAUCAACGUGUAUGCAUCCUAAUUGCGUGCAUUUGGAUCGCAGCUUUGUUGUUGGGUCUCAUACCAUCAUUUGGCUGGCAUUGCAUGUGUAAUAUCGAGAGUUGCUCACACAUGGCACCUUUGUAUAGUCGGAGUUACCUGAUCUUUUGGGCAGUGUCCAACUUGGUGGCCUUUAUCAUCAUGAUGGCGGUAUACAUGCAUAUCUUCAUCUAUGUCAAGGGGAAGAUGACUAGGAUGUCCCAACACACCUCGUUUCAUCCAAAGUACCGGGAGACUAUGAUCAACCUGAUGAAAACGGUGUUCAUCAUUUUGAGUGCCUUUGUGAUCUGUUGGACACCUGGACAAGUUGUCCUCCUCUUGGAUGGCCUUGGGUGCGAAUCCUGUGAUGUUCUGUCUGUUGAGAAGUACUUCCUCCUGCUGGCUGAGAUCAAUUCUGUGAUUAAUCCCAUAGUGUAUUCCUAUCGGGAUAACGAGAUGAGGUUAACCUUUAAGCGCAUUCUAUGCUUCUGCUGUAACAGGGGGUCCAAGUACUCGCCCUCGGUUAAAUCAACCAACACAGAAAGGAGAAUAUUGGCGGACAAUGGACACAUGGUUCAGGACUCCACAAUCUAGAUCCAGGGUUGUACUCAAGUAGACAUGAAGACUCUGAAUCCAUAUGGGACACUUCCCAUAAGCAACAAACUUAAUAUAAAAGUGGAAGCCACAAAAUCCUGUCUGUCCUCACUUUUGAAGAGGUUGAUGAACUUGGAGAGUCAAGCGAUAAAACCAGAGAGACUGAAUGGAGGUCUUGUUGCCCAAAAUCUGGCAGCUGGGCCUGACUGACCAGUUUUGCUAGGAAAGACAUGAUUACUCUCAUAAUCUGCGGAAUUUAUACUCUUAUAAAUUUACCACUAAUUACAA